AUGCCUGGAAUUGACAGCAACCCCUCGUCUCUUGACAAAGACGGACUGUGUUUGCUUUCACUAGAUGGCGGCGGUGUCCGAGGUUUAUCCACUCUAUACGUCCUCCAGGCUAUGAUGAAGCACAUUAACGUUGAAAGGAACGAAGGUGGCUUGCAUGCUGUAAAGCCAUGCGAGAUUUUCGACCUAAUCGGAGGCACAAGCACUGGUGGACUAAUUGCAAUCAUGCUUGGUCGGCUUGAGAUGGACGUGAGUGAAUGUAUCAAGGCUUACAUAACCCUCUCAAAGGAGAUCUUUGAGAAGAGCGCCUGGUUUCCGCUUAAAAGGAAUUUGGAUGUUAAUGAUCGAUUUGACUCUGCUGCUCUUGAGAGAUGUAUCAGGGAUAUCGUUAAAAAGAACAUUGGAGAAGGCAAAAAUCCUGACGUGGAGUUGCUUAACGAUGGAAGCAAACGAAACUGCAAAGUAUUUGUUACUGCAACGAGGAAGGAGAUUGCUACCAGCACCGUUCGCUUUCGAUCCUUUGAUUCCAAACGGCAGGCAAUUCCUGAUUCGGCCACCAUUUGUCAGGCCGCGCGCGCAACAUCGGCGGCGACAACUUUCUUCGAACCAGCGACGGUUGGUGACUCGCAGCAAAAGUAUGCAGAUGGUGGCUUGGGAGCGAAUAAUCCGAUCUUUGAAGUUUGGGAGGAAGCCAAGGAUAUCUGGUCGCCAAAUAGUGACAAUCUCUCCAAGUUGGUGAAAUGCAGUGUAUCCAUCGGAACCGGACACGAAAAAACAACACCGAUCUUUGAUGGACCAUAUAAGUUUAUGACCAAAACGCUCGCUGCCAUUGCAACUCAAACCGAGAAGACCGCAGAACAGUUUCACAGACAACAGUCAGAGAUGUUCAAGGCCAAUCGUUGCUUUCGUUUCAACGUCGAUCACGGUUUGCAGGAGGUUGGUUUGGAAGAAUAUAAGAAAUUCGCCACGAUCAUGUCAGCUACCAGCGUGUACCUCGAAUCCGAGGCAGUUCAUACAAAGUUGAUACAGUGUGCUGUGAACCUGAUGCAAAAAGAAUGUGUGUGUAUCGAGGACUUUAGCUGA